UGCAGUUAUUCGCGCAGGUACGAAUUAAUUUCGACUUUGGCCAGGUGGUGGCGCUCGACGCACAGGUGCCCCACAACCGGUCCGCACACCGCAACACUCAGGUGUGCGUCAGGGAACUGCAAAAUGGAUUUCUGAGACCAAUUUACUUUCCUAGGAAUAAAUAAAACAUAUCAAUAGAUUACAACCACUAAAAAUGUUUCUCUACCUAAGCAAAAAGAUUGCCAUUCCAAAUAAUAUAAAACUGAAAUGUCUCGCUUGGAACAAAGAGCAGGGCUACAUAGCCUGCGGCGGUGACGACGGUCUUUUAAAAAUUCUGAAACUCGACUCAGCCAAAGAUGGAAAAGCCAAAGGACUGGCAGCUGCCUCGAAUCUGUCGAUGAACCAAACGCUCGAGGGGCACAACGGCCAAAUUCAGGUUGUCGCCUGGAAUGAAGUGCAUCAGAAACUAACCAGCAGUGACCAAUACGGUCUAAUCAUCGUCUGGAUGCUGUACAAGGGCUCCUGGUAUGAAGAAAUGAUCAACAACAGAAAUAAGUCGGUGGUGCGGGGAAUGGCGUGGAGCUGCGACGGCCAGAAAAUCUGCAUCGUGUACGAGGAUGGCGCCAUCAUCAUGGGCUCCGUGGACGGCAACCGCAUUUGGGGCAAGGAGCUGAAAGGCACCGCCCUCGCCGGCAUUGAGUGGUCGCCGGACUCGCAAUUUUUAUUAUUCACCCUGCGAAACGGCGAGAUUCACGCUUACGACUCGCAAGGGCUCUUCAUGAUGAAACUGAACAUCACUGCUCCGCCCGAGGCCGCCGUCGUUGGCAUGCAGUGGUACAACGGAAAGCAAGGCUACUACGAACCGAACUGUCCGGUGCUCGCCAUUCUCUACAGCAACGGACACCUGUUGUUGCUCAAGGAUGCUAAUGAUGAUGGUAUUUUAGUAAAAACUAACAUGAGUGCAACGUGCUGCCAAUGGAAUCACAACGGCAGUGUCUUGGCUGUCACAGGCACAAUGACGACUGACGACGAAGAAAAUCCAAUAUCAAACAUGCUUCAACUAUACUCGCCUUACGGAGAGCAUUUGCGGACGUUGAGAAUUCCCGGCACCCACGUUAGCAGUUGCGUCUGGGAGGGAGGAUCUCUGCGCCUGGCACUCGCAGUCGACUCUUACAUCUAUUUUGCGAAUCUGAGACCGAAUUACAAGUGGGGCUAUUAUUCCAACACGGUCGUCUACUCGACGAUCAAAGCAGACCGACCGGAAACUUGCAUCACUUUUUGGGACACGAAAAAUAAUGAGUGUUACUCAAAAUAUGUAAGCCGACUGUUAGGCAUAUCAGCUGCAGGGGAACACUGCGUUCUCGCAACCCGCUCUGAAGAAAAUACUGCGCAGAGUGGAAAAUACGGAUUGAUCCUCUGCAACACAAUUGGCACACCUGUGGACACAAAAUUCAUUGAAAUCGAACCGUUGAACAUCACGAUGAACCCGACGCACGUGAUAAUCGCGUCAAAAAGCGAAUUUUACGUGUGGAACUUCAGGACACCAAAAUCUAGAUCUUCAAUAGAAUUUGCUCGGAUGGAUCGCAAAGAGCGUAUUUACCAUGUUGAUGAUGCACCCUCAGGCGCAGCGGACAAAAUUAUUUCUGAUAACAUGACAUCAAGAACUGUGAGUUUCUUUUAUGGUGAUCUCUCCUAUUUUAUAUAAAUUAAAAUUUACGACCAGACUCUGCCGAUUGUUGACCCUAUUUGCUGCAUCGCGUGCUCCGACAAAACAAUUCUGAUUGGCCGAGAAUCUGGACUUGUUCAGAGGUACACCCUUCCGCAGGUCGCUUUGAUCAGCAGAAUCAACCUUGCUACGAGACCUUAUAAAAUGGCUAUCAACUGUGACUCCACGAGAGUUGCCGUAAUUGACGUCAACGGAGUAAUGACGUUCAUGGAGCUGGAGCCCAGCUCUGUUGAAGGCAUGAGCGACGCCCUGAAAGGCUUCGAACGGAGGGACAUUUGGGACAUCAAGUGGGCCAGUGACAACGCUGAGCUGUUCGCCAUCAUGGAAAAAACCAGGAUGUACGUUUUCCGUAAUUUGGACCCGGAAGAGCCUAUCCUAAGCUCAGGAUACAUAUGCAGCUUUCAGGAUUUGGAGCUGAAAGCUGUGUUGCUGGACGAAGUGAUCCAAGAAACCAGCCUGCCCGGCCCACACCACCUUUUGCAACUGGAGGUGAAGUCUUUGCGAGACACCAGAGAGCUUCUUUCAAAAGUUGGCCUCACAGAAGCUGCCACCUUUAUCGAAGACAAUCCGCAUCCCAGAUUAUGGCGUCUCUUGGCUGAGGCGGCAGUGGAACAGUUGAACUUGCAAGUGGCGGAGACGGCUUUUGUGCGGUGCAGAGACUAUCCUGGCAUCCAGUUGAUCAAAAGGCUGCAGAGUAUGAACAACGACAUUCUAAAGCAGGCAGAGGUGGCUGCCUAUUUCAAGAAAUUCGACCAGGCUGAGAAAUUAUACCUGGACGUUGACAGAAGAGAUUUAGCAGUUGCUCUUAGAGAGAGGCUUGGAGACUGGUUCAGGGUGAUCCAGCUGAUUAAAAUGGGCCCUGGCGGCACUGACACGCAAAUUGAAGUAGCCUGGAACUGCAUUGGAGAUUUCCUGGCAGACCGGCACAAAUGGGAGGCAGCCAAAGAGUACUACGAGAAGGGCAACAACCACGAAAAACUGGUCCAGUGCUACUACAACCUGGAAGAGUACGAAGCCCUGGAGAGUGUUGUCAACCAACUGCCGGAAGGGCAUCCACUCCUGCCUGUCAUCGCUGACCGGCUUGCGUCUGUUGGGCUGUGUGAACAGGCAGUCAAGGCUUAUAUCAAGUGCAAUUGCAUUCGACUAGCAGUAGACACGUGCGUUGAGCUGCAGCAGUGGAGCCAAGCCGUAGCCUUGGCGGAGGAGCACCAGGUGGAGGACAUCGACGGCUUGCUGGCUCAGUACGCCGAGUAUCUGCUCAACAAAGGAGACCUGACGCAGGCGGUUGAGCUCUACAGAAAGGCUGGAUGCACCGUCGAAGCGGUGAAAAUUCUAAUCAACUUGGCGAAGUCUGCUCAGGCGAAAAAUAGUCCGUUGCUGUACAUCAAGAAGAUUUACUUAUUGGCAGCUCUCCUCGUCGACAAGUACAAGGAGACCAGGAGGACAGGGGUAGUCAACCAAAAUGCAAGGAGGGGUGUCACUGAUCCUCUUCUCGGCAUUGAGAACCCCUGGCGUGGAGUCGAAGCUUACCAUUACCUCAUGUUGUCUCAAAGGCAGCUUUACAGAGGUUUCACUGAUGCUGCGUUGAAAACUGCCCUGCAGCUGCAGCAAUAUGAAAAUAUCCUGGACCCUGAAACCGUCUACUGUGUCAUUGCGCUGGCCAGCUGUGCGAAUAAGGCGUUUGGAACCUGCUCAAAAGCGUUCAUCAGACUAGAAGCUUUAGAUGAGGUGUCGGAGUCGAGGCGCCAGAAGUACGCCGACCUGGCGAUGGAGCUGUUCACCAAGUUCGCGGCGCGGGACGGCGGCGGCGGCGUUUCUGGGGCAUCGGGCAUGAUCGAGUGCCCGAACUGCGAGACGCUGGUGCCGGGGGUGAGCACAUCGUGUCCGUCGUGCGAGUCGCCCUUCGUGACGUGCGUGGCCACCGGCUGCUCCAUCCCGGACAUCCACCGCGCGUGGACCUGCGCCACGUGCAAGCACUCGGCCCUCGCCUCCGAGAUGGCAACCCGCAACACCUGCCCUCUAUGUCACGACCACAGCAGGAGGGCUCACUAGAAUAUCAUACCGCAUAUCCAAUUAAUAUGUAUAAUAAUUAUGCCAAAAAGUGUAGUUUUUAAUUUUGACUUGUUGGAGUGGAAUGAUAAAAGGGAAUUUACUUUAUUUCUUGAUCUCGAAUGGAAUUGGCUGCUCUCUUAUAUGAAAAAUAUAUUUUGGAAUGAAACAAUAAA